AUGGGCUUCUUUAGCUUCUUGACGCGCAAAUCUUCCUCGGAUAAGAAUCAGAACCAGGUCAAGGGUCAAUCUUACAAAUCGACAGUCGCAUCAAUACCUCCCAUCCAAGGAACUUAUCCCGUCGCUGGAAAUGGACCCAACGUGCUGGACCAGCUGCAGCAGGCGGCAAGGAAGCGCAGCCAGGCUCAACUCUCUGUAAUCGAUCACGAUAUCGACAUUGACCCUGCCGCGCCUCCUCCAAUGGUCCCUCGCUUUCGCAGCUUCUCCCCAGGACGUCCAACAACAGCUCCAAACCAAGCUCACGCCAAUAGCUUCACCUCGCGUCCGAGGUCCGUCGCCCGUAGCAUCCGCAGCACCAACUCAGCCUGGAGCGUUCCCGAAAAGACACGCGCAGCCGUGCGCACAGUAGAGAGACCACCACCUGUGCCUUCAAUUCCAUCUCACCACCGCCGCGAGAGCUCCAUCGACUCGUUCCAGGACGGCAACCGGUUCGUCGACGUUCUAGACGCCCAGGGCGAGAUCAGACCGUCAAACUUUCGCUCGCGCGUCGCAGCCACCGGCGUCCGCGAGUUUGGGGAAGACGUUGCCGAGCGCAACAUUGGCGAGAACGGUCUGAACCUUAACAGCCCUGCCGUCAAGGCCUUUUACCGUCUUUCCAGUAGCGGGAGGUUGACGCUGCAGACUUCUGACAGUGGUGGAUUGUCUGUUCACGAUUAUGAUGGCUUUGACGACGAUGAUGACGAUUGCGCUCCGCCGCCUGGUAUUCCUCAUCUUGAUCUGGGAACGAUUCGAGAAUCUUCAAGACCGACGAGUUCAUCUCAAGCAUGGAGGUCAUUUUCAGGCUCAAUUGGCGGAGAAAUGCUAAGAUCCAGUAAAUCGCAACGACGUCUGGAUAAACGCCCCGAGACAUCAUCCCAAACAGCAGCGUCACUAAAGAAUCGGAGGAGAUCAUUCAACGCAUUCGCAUCUGCACCUGAACCGCAGAGGUCUAAGCCGAGACCUCUCAGUUUGCAUCCUUCGUUAUCAAAUUUUAAUUAUUCGGCGCCUCUGUCACCACCGCCGAUGCCCACGUCUCGUCCAAAAACGAGUGAAGGUCGAAGUCGACAGCGAAGUAUUGGUAUGGUUGAGAUUGAGAGUCUGGUUGAUGAAGCUUUUGAUACACCAGCACCAUGUCCGAAUCUCAUUCUCCCUCGUCAUGACCCUCCAAUUCCUCGCCAUGAUCCUCUUGUCCCUCGUCAUGAUUCUUCUCUUAUCCGCCCCGACACGCAUCACGGCCCACCAACUCUUUCUCUCUAUCCCCGCAGCGACAUUUCUCAACCCUCACGACCUUCUAGCUCUUCAUCAAUGGAUAAACCACCCCGCAACCGCUCCAUUGGCGGCACCUCGGUUCUCCGACAUCAACGCCUCGACAACAUCACCGAACACAUUCCCGUUCGGACGUCAUCUCUAACUCUCAAGUCCCAGCCUUGCAUUACACCAACCACAAUGUCGUCCGGGUACUCGAGUAACCCCUUCCCGAGAUCUCAGCACACACCGAGCACUUCCAUCGACGCAUCUCUUCCUCCGUCAAUCAAGAUUAACCACGAGCGCGAACAGAGCGGUGGAAUGCCCACUCUUGGAAACCAGAACAACUACUACAACGCCGCCGAAGACGACUUUUCCGCCGAUACUCUUGUUCCUUCACGUCGGGAACUCGAGCAGGAUCUAAGUCACCCCAUCAACGCAGGCGUAGAAGCCGAGUACUACAUCUCGGAUGCCAGCGAGGACUCUGUAGACUCAUUCAUCGCCUGGAAGGAGGAGAAGCGACGUGGAGAAGAAGGUCUACUGUACAAAGAAGACUACGGCAUCGCAGGAGGCGGUCUUCCCGGUUUAUUCGAGCCUCUCCCGAUCCCCAAGGCCCCAGCAGAACCGCCAGCACCCAUCAAGCCACCAAAGACGCCAAAGAGCCCAAAACGCCCAACAACAAGAGGCACCACAAAGAGCAACAAGUCGACGCCGAAAAAGACACGACACCAACAACAACAUCUCCGCCGCAGCCGCACAAGCACAUUCUCCCCACCGCGUCGGGAACCCCGCAACGGCUCAUCCUCAGAUGACGAAGGCUCCGACUCGUUCUGGGAGCGCGCGCGCGACAUGCCCCACGGGCCAAGCUUCGUAUCCCUGGCUGAGCUUGGCAUCGACCUAAAGCACCUAGGUCUCGACCAAUACGGCCUCACCGAGGAGGAUGACGCCAAGGUUGACAUUCACACGGCAGUCAAGCUACGAAAGGAGAUGCGCCGACGCAAGAUGGAGACUUCAAGUCGACGACAUACGAGGAGUUAUGUUGACGAGGCGGAUGUAGAGGAUUAA